GCCCCGGCCGGGACACGCUGAAUACACUGGAAGCAGCCAUGGCGGAUGGUCCAGUGGCGGAACUGCUGCUCCGGCGGCUGGAGGCGUCCGAUGGUGGCCUGGACAGUGCGGAGCUAGCGGCCGAGCUGGGCGUGGAGCAUCAGGCGGUGGUGGGCGCCGUGAAGAGCCUUCAGGCGCUGGGCGAGGUCAUCGAGGCUGAACUUCGCUCCACCAAGCGCUGGGAGCUUACUUCGGAAGGCGAGGAGAUUGCCCGGGAGGGCAGCCAUGAGGCCCGUGUGUUUCGAAGCAUCCCCCCCGAGGGCCUGGCCCAGAGCGAGCUUAUGCGACUGCCCAGUGGCAAAGUGGGGAUCAGCAAGGCCAUGUCCAACAAGUGGAUCCGGGUGGACAAGAGCACGGCCGACGGGCCCCGGGUGUUCCGAGUGGUGGACAGCAUGGAGGAUGAGGUACAGCGGCGGCUCCAGAUGGUCCAGCGGGGACAGGCUGAGAAGCUGGGGGAAAAGGAGAGGAGCGAGCUGAGGAAGAGGAAGCUGCUGGCUGAAGUGACCCUGAAGACCUACUGGGUGAGCAAAGGCAGUGCCUUUAGUACCAGCAUCUCCAAGCAGGAGACCGAGCUGAGCCCAGAGAUGAUCUCCAGUGGCUCCUGGCGGGACCGGCCCUUCAAGCCCUACAACUUCUUGGCCCAAGGCGUCCUCCCUGACAGCGGCCACCUUCACCCCCUGCUCAAGGUCCGCUCCCAGUUCCGACAGAUCUUCCUGGAGAUGGGGUUCACCGAGAUGCCGACCGAUAACUUCAUUGAGAGCUCCUUCUGGAACUUUGAUGCACUCUUCCAGCCCCAGCAGCACCCAGCCCGUGACCAGCACGACACCUUCUUCCUUCGAGAUCCAGCUGAGGCCCUGCAGCUCCCAAUGGACUACGUCCAGCGGGUCAAGCGGACCCACUCUCAGGGCGGCUACGGCUCACAGGGGUACAAGUAUAACUGGAAGCUGGACGAGGCCCGGAAAAACCUACUGCGCACCCAUACCACAUCAGCCAGUGCCCGUGUGCUCUACCGCCUUGCUCAGAAGAAACCCUUCACGCCAGCCAAGUACUUCUCCAUUGACCGAGUAUUCCGGAACGAGACCCUGGAUGCCACACACCUGGCUGAGUUCCACCAGAUCGAGGGCGUGGUGGCAGAUCACGGCCUCACCCUAGGCCACCUCAUGGGCGUUCUUCGGGAGUUCUUCACCAAGCUGGGUAUCACCCAGCUCCGCUUCAAGCCAGCCUACAACCCAUACACGGAGCCCAGCAUGGAGGUGUUCAGCUACCACCCAGGCCUGAAGAAGUGGGUGGAGGUUGGAAACUCAGGGGUGUUCCGUCCGGAAAUGCUGCUGCCCAUGGGGCUUCCCGAGAAUGUGUCAGUCAUUGCCUGGGGCCUCUCCCUGGAGCGAAGAUGGGAGCCAUGGAAAACUAAGCAGAAGAGCACAUGUGCUGACCUCAUGGUAAACUCUCUUCCCUCCCCCAUAAGCCCAACGAUGAUCAAAUAUGGCAUCAACAACAUCCGGGAGCUGGUGGGCCACAAGGUGAACCUGCAGAUGGUGUACAACAGUCCCCUAUGCCGCCUGGAUGCCAAGCCGAGGCCCCCUCCCACACAGGAGGCUGCGUGACAUGAACCACUCCAGGACACCUCGCCCUCCCUGAGUCCCUGCUGCCCCGCUCCUUUGCAUCCCUGGGCCAGUGACCUUGUAUUUAUGAGGCCUCUGUGAGGCCAGCCCCACCUUCCUCUUUCCCACCCAUCCCAGGGCCAGAUCCCAGGGACAAGAGGACAGAGUAGCAGGUUCCUUCUGUUGUCCUGUAUGGUGUGUCCACUGUGAGGGUGGGCCCUGGGGAGACCUGUGGGCCACCUACUGUCUAAUAAAGUGGGCAGUUGCCCCCA